UAAGUACAGAAUUUUUCAAAAUAUAACCUGCAGUGAACGAGAAAUUUAUUAUUGCGAUAUUAAAUAAAAAUAAAAUACUUUUGGCUCUCAUAUAGUGUGAUAGUGUGUUGGCAUCGUUUCUUGAAAUCUAUUCCAACAUGAAAGAGCGUUUGUUAUCCAAUAGUGAAAAAUUAUUUGUACAACGAGCUGUGCUCGAGUCUACGAGAGUUGAUGGUCGUUCUAUAGACGAGUUUCGUAAGUUACGUAUUAAUUUCGGUUCCGAAUGGGGCAGUGUUCAUGUGUCCCUAGGUGAGACACGAGUUCUAGCACAGGUCAGUUGUGAGGUAGUAACACCAAGAGCAACAAGGCCCAACGAAGGGACACUGUUUAUUAAUGUUGAAUUAGGCCCGAUGGCAGCAGCUCAUUUUGAGCCGGCUCGGCAGUCAGAAGCCAGUGUUCAACUAAACCGAAUCCUGGAAAGAGCCAUUAAAGACUCUGGUUGUGUGGAUUUAGAGUCACUUUGUCUCGUAGCGGAUGAAAAAGUUUGGAACUUGCGAGUGGAUGUAAAUGUCCUUAACCACGAGGGUAAUAUAAUAGAUUGUGCUUCUGUUGCAGCGCUAACCGCUUUAGCACACUUCAAAAGACCUGAUGUAAGCUUAAAUGGGGAGGAAGUUGUCAUACAUACAAUAUACGAAAGAGAUCCAAUUCCAGUUAGUAUCAACCAUUUCCCAAUUUGCGUAAGCUAUGGAAUUUUUAAUAAGGGGAAAAUAGCAAUUGCCGAUCCAACAAAUUUGGAGGAGCGCGUAGCAGAAGCUAAAAUCGUCUUUGGCAUGAAUUCCUACGGAGAACUUUGUGGUAUUCAUUUGGGAGGAAUCACUUUGACGAGCUCUGACGUUUUACUGAGAACGGCAUCCAAAGCUGCUAAACGUGCUAGAACGAUUGUCCAAAAAAUUAAGGAUAACAUUCAAGAAGACGCUGAUAAACGUAAAAAGAAUGAGCCAAUCGGAUUCAGUGAAUGCAUACGGCAUAGUGAAAUAACAGCGUUAGUGCAAGAUAGGCUUUAUAUUCGUCUAAAGAGAUUCAAAUUAGACAAAAAUGAUCAGAAUAGCGAAACGGAAGUAAUGGAACAAAGUUCUCAAGAUGAGGAUAAAAGUGACGAGGAUGUUGUAAAAAAAUCUGAAGCCGAACAGGAGGACGAACAGAUGGAAGACGAAACAAUAGUAUCUCUGCCCAAUAACUCCGUUGUUUUGUUGCCUAAGGCAUCAGAUGCAAGUAACCAGUGGAUUCCAGAAGAUGAGAUGGGGACUGAAGAAAAUGCGAGAAAAUCCAUUAAAAAACAGAAUAAAAAGAAGAAAAAGAAAAGGUCAAAGGAAGCCAUUGCUCGCAUGAAUGACAUUGAAGGCUCAAGCAGCAGCGAAGAUGAAACGUGUAUGCUUACUUCAGAUGAUAUCAAUCGAUAAACUUUACUUCGGCGAAAUAUAAGUUUGAUGAAUAAAGGCAUAUUAGCAAAAUAUUUGCU